CAAAGUACAUGAAAUUGAGAUGAGUGUAGAUGGUGAUGAUGUGAUGAAUAGCUCAAAGGUAAUAAAUGAAAUCUUUGAUGAAAUUCUUCAAGAGGAUGGUCCAGACAUAGAAAAAUUAAAAAAAGAAAUGAGUAUGAACCUGGAAGCUGAGAGUGAUGAGGAACAGGAAGAGUCGCUGAAUAUUUCUUCUAUGUCUCUGCUAACUCCCUUAGCAGAAUCUGUUGGUGUUGUGAGUCCAGAGGGUUUUGUCUCUCCUAGUAGGUCAGCUGGUGAGGGGAGCAGCACAAGCAAUGGAAGCCCAAUGUCUGGCAAGUACCAAAGAACACAAGUUCCUAGAGCAGAAUCAGGGGACAGCAUUGGAUCAGUAUCGGAAGAUCGCCACCUUCUAUACAGCAUUGAUGCAUAUAGAUCUCAAAGAUUUAAAGAAACAGAUCGUCCUUCAAUAAAGCAAGUGAUUGUUCGCAAAGAAGAUGUUACUUCUAAAUUAGAGAAAAAGAAUGGAACUUCUGAUCAAGUUAAUAAUAUUAAACAGAAAAUGCAGGAGUUGAAUAAUGAGAUCAACUUGCAACAGACUGUGAUUUAUCAGGCCAGCCAGGCUCUGAACUGCUGUUUUGAUGAGGAACAUGGAAAAGGGUCACAAGAAGAAGCUGAAGCAGAAAGACUUCUUCUGCUUGCAACUGAAAAGAGAACUGCUUUGCUUGAAGAGCUAAACAAACUGAAGACCGAGGGACCUCAAAGCAAAAAAAAUAAAGCUGCCUCUACAUCCCUGGUGUUUGCUCCAUCCAAAGGAACUGUCACUAUUUCAGAAAUGCGUCUACCUCUAAAAGCAGACUUCGUUUGUAGCACCAUGCAGAAACCAGAUGCAGCAAAUUACUACUACGUAAUAUUAUUGAGAUCUGGAGCUGAAAAUAUGGUAGCAACUCCCUUAGCAAGUACUGCAAGUUCCCUAAAUGGAGAUGCUCUUAUUUUUACUACAACUUUUACUUUGCAAGAUGUAUCCAGUGACUUUGAAAUAAACAUAGAAGUUUACAGUUUGGUUCAGAGGAAGGAGAGCACAGGAAUUGAGAAGAGAAAGAAGACAAAUAAAUCUAAGGUUAUUACUCCAAAGAGAUUAUUGACAUCUAUUACCUCUAAAAGCACGCUUCUUACUCCAGCCAUGGCUAGUCCAGGUGGCCCCCAUGCUGUACGCACAAGUAACUUUGUCCUUGCUGGAUCUCUCAAGCUUUCACUGGCUUCAAUGGGAAACACCAGAUUUGUUUUAGACAAGGUUCCCUUUUUGUCUCCUUUGGAAGGACAUAUAUAUUUAAAGCUAAAUUGUAAACUAGAUUCUUCUGUAGAAGAAAAAGGAUUUUUGACUAUGUUUGAAGAUGUGAGUGGAUUUGGGGCUUGGCAUCGACGCUGGUGUGUGCUUUCUGGAAACUGUAUUUCCUAUUGGACCUAUCCAGAUGAUGAAAAGAGAAAGCAUCCUUUGGGCCGGAUAAAUUUGGCUAAUUGCACUAAUCGUCAGAUUGAACCAGCCAACAGAGAAUUCUGUGCCCGACCUAACACUUUUGAGCUAAUCACUGUCCGACCUCAAAGGGAGGAUGACAGAGAGACUCUUGUCAGCCAGUGUAGAGAUACUCUCUGUGUUACCAAGAACUGGCUGUCUGCAGAUACUAAAGAUGAACGUAACCUUUGGAUGCAAAAACUUAACCAAGUGGUUGUGGAACUUCGCAUGUGGCAGCCUGAUGCAUGCUACAAACCUAUUGGAAAGCCUUAAACUUUGGGGGGAAACUUCUGAAAUGUCUACGCAAUACAAAUGCCAGCUGCAUUUUAAAUCCUCUUUUUAUGUAAGCUCAUCAGAGGCCUCCUUAUAUUUUAUGCUUUAAAAAUGGAAGAGUACGUGCCAUUUAUACAGAGUAUGUUAUGCAGUAUUUGUAUUUCUCUAUUAGGAUUUUAACUGAUCUCCUUUCCUAGCAUUUGAUUGUUAGGAAGCAAUUAGCUCCUUUAUUUGAAUGUACUAAAUAUUUAUAUAACUCCUACUUUUUGGAACUCUCUAUGGCUCAGUACAUUCUCUUCUAUUGAAACAACUAAAUUGGGACAUAAGUUUAUCACAGGGAAUCAGAUUUCUGGAAGGAAGAAUCUAGUAAAACACAAGCUUACUAGAUAACUCUUUUCCCCUCAAGGGAGCUAUGGCUCUGAGUUGAUUCAUUUUAAUAGUCACGGUGCUGAAACGGUAACUCUUAAUGCUUUAUGAAGUUUUUAAUAAUUCGUAGGCAUAAAAGCUGCCAGUCUUGUGCAUUUUGAAACAUGCAACAUACACUUUAAUUUGUGCAAAGCUUCCCUUUCUUGCAUCCAGAACAAAAAUUGCACAAUAUACCCAUAGCAGCUUCUUGCAUUCUGAAAUCUUAUUUGCCAUUUUUCUCGUCUACAAGUAUGAACUAAUGUUUGGUAUGCAUGUUAUGCAGUUUACAGGCAGUAUGUUGCACAGUUUCAUAGAAAUCAAAGUUCUUUAAUAUUUUUGGCAGGGCCUUAUAAAAACUUUAACUUCAAAGUUCUGAGUGCAUGUUCUUGAAAUUCAUCAUUUGUACAAAUUAUUUUCACAAUUCUGCUUCUGAGCACCAGAAUAUGUUGGAAAAAACAGUCUUUCCGUGAGACUCUACAAAGCUGCUACAUACCAAUUAAUACUCUACUGCUCAUAAGUUUAUCAGAGAGAGGUCUGUAAAUACAGAUAAAACUCUUCUUCAGGCCAUCAUUAAAACUGCGUAUUUGACUUUAGCUGAGUAGGUUUUGCCAUUUUCACGGAGCUUUCCAUUGGGCACAGUGUGAAAUAUUAUCUUGCUACUGUGCGUGCAGUAGUGGUGUACUUAAAACUGCUAUAGCUGUUUAAAUUUUUGCACUUGAAACACUAAAUCUACUCUCCCGUCCUGUCAUUUUUGUACUGUUACUCUGAACCUCAUUUCCUUUCUGGUGUCUUAAGUAUUCCUAAAUGAUGUAUUGAGAUUGUAUUUUAUUCCCUUUAA